AUGUCCACAAGCGAUAUCCAUAACGCGCUACAUCAAGAAUCGAUGAAAGCGGUGAGGCAAAGACAUUGGAGAUCCCUCAACGCCUGGAGUUGCCAUAGCCUAUGGUUGACACAGGCUGAUACAGCUACUAGUAACUGCGGUCCGAUUACCAACGCAAUGCAGCGGCUAUCAACCGUCGCCUUCUUGGCUGGAGCGCUGCCUGUGGGGUUGUGGGUUAUGGUUCCGCCAUCAUCCAGCGCCGAACAGGGAACCAGGCAUCAUGCUGCUCCACCGCAGAGGAGGGUCGGCAAUAUUGGGCUAUUGGGCUAUUAA